AGGUUGUUCUUGAGAGAGAGAGAAAAUAAAAUAAAAUCAGAGUAGGGUUUUUGUAAGAGAAGGGUGUAUCUGGUUCUUGUAGUAAAAGCUUGUCUGAAUAUUCUUAUCCUUGGAGUUGCGAUCCACCGAUUGGUGCGAAUUGUUAAGAGUAUAGUUUGGGACCGAAUAAGUAACUCUCAAGGACAUGGAGUGCAACAAGAACGAAGCGAAAAGGGCAAUGGAUGUUGCUGAGAGGAAGGUUAAAGAAAAUGACUACAAUGGUGCAAAAAGAUUCGCUAACAAAGCUCAAAACUUGUUUCCCGACCUGGGUGGUCUGAAACAAUUGUUGACAGCUAUCGAUGUUUACAUCUCAGCUGAGAAACAAAUCUGCAGAGAAGCUGAUUGGUAUGGUAUACUUGGUGUAGAUCCCACUGCUAAUGAUGAAGCAAUGAAGAAACAAUACCAUAACCUACUUCUUAUGCUUCAUCCGGAUAAAAACAAUUCUGACGAUGCUAAAGGUGCCUAUGACCUGGUUUCAAAAGCUUGGUAUCAACUAUCUGACGAGACGCGGAGAACUUCAUACGACAAAAAGAGAUCCCAAGAAGUUCAAAAAAUUGUCCCAACAACACAGAAUACUCCUUCACAACACCGUCCAACCUCUAGCAGGAGUACUCCUCAUGUUGUGUAUGAGCCUGUUGUUCUGAAGCCCCAUGUCCGUACGAAUAUAUUCAGUAUGGGGUCGCCUUCUUCGAUGAUGCCGAGGGAGAAUAUUAAUUUUUGGACAAAGUGUGGGAUAUGCAGGACGAUAUUUCAGUAUCCAAGGGUUUAUCGUAACCAGCACUUGCUUUGUCUAACCUGUAAUCAUGGUUUUAUUGCACUAGAGAUACCUCCUCCUCCUCCUUCAACUGUUCCGAAGCCGUCACGCAAGAGUCCCAAAAAUGAAGCGUCAAGAAAAAAAUCAACUGGUCCUUCGUCGUCCACUAGGAGAGAGCCUGCUGCACCACCAUCUGUUAACCAUAUUUUUCAGUGGGAUUUUUCAUCAGGAACAGCUGGUUCUAGCAGCGGAAACGCCACAAAUCAAGCUGAGAAUGUGGUUCAGCAAGCACCAGUGAAAAGAAAGCGUGGGGAGUCGCAAGAAAAGGAUACUGCUAUCAAGAGGUCGAAAAAAGAUGAGUCCCAUAUGCAUGGUCAAAUAAGUGCAAGAAAUGUCGCAUGUGGAAAUACUGAAACGCCCAACAACUUAGGCGGCUCUUUUCGUCGUCAUCCUCAUGUACAAGAAAUGUUCUUACCUGCUGAUGUUGUAGAUAAAGUGCUAAUGGAAAGAGGCCAGUCAGAAAUUUUGAAGAGACUUCCGAAGAUGAUCACUGAACUGGAAGCAAAAGUGAGGGUAACUGAAGAGAAGAAGAAACGUAUGAAGGCAGCGAUCAAUAUGAGUGGAAAGAAUGAUAAGGUUAAAAGGUCAGUCGAUAAAGUGAAGACAAAUGAUGAGGUUGUAGUAAGGUCAGCUAAGGUAGUGGAGAAAAAUGAUGAGGUUGUAAGAUCAGCUGAGAGAAAUGAUGAGGUUGUAAGAUCAGCUGAGGAAGUGAAGACAGAUGACGAGGUUGUAAUAUCAGCUGAGAAAAAUGAUGAGGUUGUAAGAUCAGUUGAGGAAGUGAAGACAGAUGAUGAGGUUGUAAGAUCAGCUGAGACAAAUGAUGAGUUUGUAAGAUCAGCUGAGAAAAUAAAGAAAAAUGAUGAGGUUGUAAGAUCAGCUGAGACAAAUGGUGAGGUUGUAAGAUCAGCUGAGGAAGUGAAGACAUAUGAUGAGGUUGUAAGAUCAGCUGAGACAAAUGAUGAUGUUGUAAGAUCAGCUGAGGAAAUGAAAACAAAUGAUGAGGUUGUAAGAUCAACUGAGACAAAUGGUGAGGUUGUAAGAUCAGCUGAGGAAGAGAAGACAAAUGAUGAGAUUGUCAGAUCAGCUGAAACAAAUGAUGAGGUUGAAAGAUCAGCUGAGAAAGUGAAAAUAAAUGAUGAGAUUGUAAGAUCAGCUGAGACAAAUGAUGAGGUUGUAAGAUCAGCUGAGACAAACUGUGAGGUUGUAAUAUCAGCUGAGGAAGUGAUGGCUAAUGAGGUUCAAAGGACUGAGGAAGUGAUGGCUAAUGAGGUUCAAAGGACUGAGGAAGUGACGACUAAUGAGGUUGAAAGGUCAGUUGAGGAAGUGAAGACAAUCAUUGUUCCAGAUUCAGACUUUCACAACUUUGAUCUUGACCGAACUGAUUUAGCUUUCAAAGAAGACCAAAUUUGGGCUGCUUAUGACAACGAUGAUGGGAUGCCAAGGUUUUACGCUUGCAUCGAAAAGGUGAUUACUUUGGAACCCUUUAAGAUGUAUAUCAGCUGGCUUAAUUCCAAAAGCACCUUUGGAAUUAAAACAUGUGGUCAUAUAGACUGGAUAGGCUCUGGUUUUAUUAAAACAUGUGGGGAGUUUACGUCAGGGAGAUUUGAAGCUACAAAUACAAAAAGCCCCUUUUCUCACAAAGUUGAGUUCACCCAAGAUGAAAUAAGAGGACUCUACUACGUUCUUCCCAAAACGGGGCAAGUUUGGGCAUUGUAUCGAAACUGGUCUCUUGAGUGGGACAAGAAUACUCCUGACGAAGUUAAACACAAGUAUGAGAUUGUGCAAGUUCUUGAUGACUAUACAGAAGACAAACAAAGUGUAAGUGUGGCUCUCUUAAUCAAAGCUGAAGGAUUCAAGACUGUUUUUCGCAGAAGCAUAGAUGGAAACAAUGUGAGGGAGAUUCCAAAGGAAGAAAUGCUUAGAUUCUCUCACCAUGUGCCUCAUUACAUUCUUACAGGGAAAGAAGCUGAUAAUGCACCAGAAGGUUAUCUUGAACUAGACCCAGCUGCCACUCCACUUGAGUUCUUUGCAGAGGAAGCAGAUGGGAAUAGGAAAAGUGAAGCUGAUAACGCACCAGAAAAUUUUCUUGAGCUAGAACCAGCUGCAGCUCUACUUGAAUUCUUUUCAGAGGAAGCACAUGGGAAUGAGAGAAGUGAAGCUGUACAAGAGGAGAGCUAUGUCCCAGAGGAAAUAAUGGAUAUGGAUCUCGAUGAGUGGUUUGAACUUUGAAGCUAGUGGCAGUCAACGUACAAUGGAGGAAGAAACAUAUCAUAUCAGCUCAUUUUAUAUUGAAUCAUUAGGGCACAAGACUAAUCAAAAGUCAGGUAUGAUCUUUUGCUUUCUUAAUUAUUAUCUUUCUUUUAUCUAAAGUCAACCCAGAAACUAUACCAGAAACAUUAGCCUAAAUAUUUCGCAUAUUUUUUGGGGGUCAAAUGUUUCAUAUUUAUGUGUAUUUUAGUAUUUAUUCAACAAAACUUGAAAUAAU